GGCUGAUCAUAGAGGCUGAUGCAAGUUGAAUGAGUGAGCUGUCAGUUGUGUGUGAAGUACAUUGUACGGUGUGAAGAAGAUGACGGACUGCCAGGGAGACGGGGAAGGAGCCAAGAGUCCACUGGAGCUCUACGAGGAACUGACAACACAAGGAGACGUAGUCAGGACCUUGAAAACAGCUAAAGUAGAUAAAGCUAACAUUGAUGCUGCUGUUCAGUUGCUGCUAAAGUUGAAAGUAGACUACAAACAGAUGACAGGUCAGGAUUACAAAGCAGGCUGUCCGCCCUCAGAAAACUCUGUUGCCCCCGACAAUGGGCCAGCAGCAGAUGGUGCUGAUGAUGAAGACACAGUUGACCCAUGGAACGUUUCCACUAGCAACGCCAAAGGAGUGGAUUAUGACAAGCUCAUAGUAAGGUUUGGAAGCAGUAAAAUUGACAAGGAGCUGGUGGACAGAAUAGAAAAAGUCUCUGGACAGAAGCCUCACCGCUUUCUACGAAGAGGAAUCUUCUUCUCACACAGAGAUAUGCAGCAGGUUCUGGAUGCGUAUGAGAAGCACAAGUCCUUCUACCUUUACACUGGCAGAGGUCCGUCCUCAGAAGCCAUGCACGUUGGUCACCUCAUCCCCUUCAUCUUCACCAAAUGGUUGCAGGAUGUGUUUGACAUCCCCCUGGUGAUCCAGUUGACGGAUGAUGAGAAGUACCUGUGGAAGGAUCUAACACUAGAAGAUUGCCACCGCUUCGCUGUGGAAAAUGCCAAGGACAUCAUCGCCUGUGGCUUUGAUGUCAACAAAACCUUCAUCUUCUCUGACCUCGACUACAUGGGUGCAUCCCCUGAAUUCUACAGAAAUGUGGUGAAGAUCCAGAAGCAUGUGACAUUCAACCAAGUUAAAGGCAUCUUUGGCUUUACAGACAGUGACUGCAUUGGAAAGAUCAGCUUCCCAGCCAUCCAGGCAGCCCCUUCCUUCAGUAACUCUUUCCCACAGAUCUUCAAAGGCAGAAAGGAUAUACAGUGUCUCAUCCCCUGCGCCAUAGACCAGGAUCCCUACUUUAGGAUGACCCGUGAUGUAGCUCCAAGGAUCGGCUAUCCCAAACCAGCCCUGCUGCACUCCACCUUCUUCCCAGCCCUGCAGGGGGCGCAGACCAAGAUGAGCGCCAGCGACGCCAACUCCUCUAUCUUCCUCACCGACACACCCAAGCAGAUCAAAAACAAGGUCAACAAACAUGCAUUUUCGGGGGGGAAAGACACAGUGGAAGAGCACAGAAAGUAUGGUGGAAACCCAGACGUGGACGUUGCCUUUAUGUACUUGACCUUCUUCCUGGAGGAUGAUGAACAGCUGGAGAAGAUCAGACAGGAUUACACAAGUGGAGCUCUGCUAACGGGAGAACUGAAGAAGCUUUUGAUUGAAACUCUGCAGCCAAUGAUUGCGCAGCAUCAAGAGCGACGCAAACAAGUCACAGAUGAGACAGUCAAGCAGUUCAUGACACCCAGACCUUUAAAUUUUAACUUUUAGUCCGCUUGAGCACCUGAUAUGUCAAAGUUCAUCAUGUUGUUCAUUAUGAGAAAUGUAAAUUACUGGAGCAGUGAUGUGUGUCUGUGUCAAACUAAGCCUGGCAUUGCCCUCACCUUGAUGCUAACUGGCAUGCUACUUGUUAGCUUCACUCUCCACCAAAUGUACACAUCUGUUUUCAUGAAGUGUUUGGUUUGGCAGCGCUGCUGUAAUGUCACAAGCUCUUGUUCUCUCCCUGACAUCAGUUCAGGAUGAAUGACAAUUAAAGCAGAGUACAAAUGUA